AGGAUCAUCAGGAGUGAGCUCUCUUCUGGAGAGCGCACGCAUUCAGUCUGACGUGGAGACGCAAAGGAGAGGAGCUCUCAUUCAGAUCGCUGCCACACGCACAGCCACUUUGUGUUUUGUUGUGUAUUUGGCUUUUUUUUUUAGCGUAAACAACACUGAAACCCGGGCUUUAGAGUGUGAAAAGUCCUUCUGACGCACGAUUGGAAUAUCUUUGCGGAUUAAAGGACGCGCAGGUACAGUACAGUUUGAAGACGCAGAUUAUUUCUCUCUGGAUGGAGUUCUGUUCACCAGGAAAAUGCCCAUUUUUGAUUUCUGUUCCUUUGUCUACUUCCAGAAGUCAACUAAAAGUCAAGAUUUUGUCUUUUCAAGCAACUUGGAGCGCACCACGGAGGGACAAGUCUGAUUUUUGUUGUUGUCAUUAGUUUUUUUCCCCCUCAUAAUUCCUCCCAGAAAUGGUGGGGCAUCUACACUUACAAGCGAUGGAUGAUAGUCUCAAAGGAAAGAAUCGAGAGGGGCUACUCGACAGUCCGGAUUCAGGGUUGCCCCCCAGUCCCAGCCCGCCCUUCUGCUCACUCUCUCCGGCUCUGCUGGAGUCGCGCUCCGGCAGCUGCACGACGCCCGUGGAAAGCCACCAUGGAUUUUAUAAGAAGGAGAGCAGAGAAGGCAAACUGCUGCCCUACCUGCUGCUGAACUCAACGGGAGCAGACCUGAGGGCUCGCAUGCAGCCGGUGAUCUACGGAGAGAGCAUUGAAGUCAAUCCCAAACCGGUACAAGAAAUCAAGUGCAAUUCACAAGUGAAGUACGACUCCGACAAACACUACAGGGAUCAGGUGUUCUGCAGCCCCGUUCCUACACCCACCUCCUACAGCGAGACGGUGGUGGCAGUGGGGAACUGCACCUGGAGGAGCUACAAGAGCCAAGUCUACUUGGAGCCCCGGCAGAGGCCUGUCAGCUACCAAAGCACCACCAUCAUCUACCCAAAGAACGCCAAGAACACUUACCGCACCACGCUCAAUUACAAAGCCACGGGCUCCCGCCGCUGGUUCAUCUCUACGGUGCAGCUGCAGUCCAGAGAGGACAACAGCCCCUGCAUCAUCUACACAGAGGACCUGUAGAGCCCGGACGCCAGAGGAAGCAGAUCCUCCUGGUUUUAGUCUCUGUUCCGACUUUUAGUUUUUCUUCCUGGGAACUUGGAAAGGCCCACACUGAAAGGGAAGUACCUGGAGCCCCAACUCUGAAACAUUUUCCCUGAGUUUUCGUUCUUCUUGCUGCUGCAGUCUUUGGAGCUGCACGACGGAGGUUUCAUGUCUUAUUUAAUGUGAGAUCUGAUGAGCUGAGAGCGCCCUCCAGGAUUGCAACCAUCAGAUCACAAAUAUCUGUGUAUAUAGGGAAGAGUGGAUUUAAGCCAAACCUGAUCACAACAAUGCAAAGCUUUCUAAUUAUGGCUUUCUUGCACCUUUUUUUAUAAUAUAUAUAUAUAUAUAUUAUAAUUAUUUUUACAUGUCUCAAAUCUCUCUGAGGACUUGGCAUUGCAGUGAGGAAUUUCUGUGUUGCCUCUGAAAAAUUGGACCAAAGUUAAAUGAACAGUUUAUUUCCGACAAUCCCACACACUGAGACAAAAAGCUUGAAGAACUUAUUAAAGCACCUAAAAAGGCUUUUAAAAAGUGUGUAGCAUUACAUGUAACUGUAUCAGAUGUUAGCCAUGCAGGUUUUUUCAUGAAAAGGAACAAAUCAAAGAGUAGAGGUUAAAUCAGCCAAAGUAUUUUUUAUUAUUUCUCUCCUAAUUGCUUAUAUUUGUUAAGAAGAAUAAAGGUUUUCUUAAAAAAGUAGCAUGUUUUAGCUGCUGAUAUUUGGAGUUUUAACCUGCUUUAGAUUUAAGCAUUGAUGUUUCCCAUAUAAAACGACUAAACAGAAGUGCAAUUGAACUCUUUCUGGUCAAAAUGCAGAUUUAAAGUGAAGUGUGGGAUCUUUUGUCUAAUUCUUUGAAUCCAUCUGUAAGAUUUUUGUGUUAAUACUUAAUUCAAUACUUGAUAAAUAUCUUUGCUAAUCCUUUUUGGGGAGGAGUCUGAAUGAGCAAAUCUGUUUUCUUUUACGUUUGACGCCAUCAAUAAAUCUGUUUCAUGUUAACAUGUGAAUACGUUUUAAAUUAAGAAGACUUUUUAAUCCAUAGCCUACAUGUAAAAAGAAAAUAUCAGUAAAAAAGAAAUUCUCUCAUAUUUAAAACAUGUUUGUCUUAUGUAUCUACAAAAUAUAUAUUUAGACUGCUGAUUAUUGAAACUUCUGACUUUACCUCAAUUUUUCAUUUGAUUCUUUAUUGUUUUUCAAAUGCGUAUUCCUGAUUUUUUUGUUUUAUUUGAUCAAAGUUUGGAGUUGCCUCUGUUGCUGCAGAGUCAGGACCGGAGGGGGGCGAUGCAGAGGAGGUGCUCAUGAGGAAGAACAUUGUGUUUGAGGGAAAAAAAAAGACACACAAAGGAGGAUCUGGCUGGGGGCCUGCAGAAUAAAAGAGAAAUAAAAGCAGAGGAAACCGUUUCCGAGAAAGGUUUCCAACUACAACGAUUCAGGAGCAAAGUGUUGACGGCAAGUGGAACGUUGGAGAACGAUGAGAGGAAGUUGAGAGUUCAGUACCUUGGUGUUUUGAUGUGUGAUAAUUUUGUUUUCCCAAAACUUGAUUUUGUGACUGUAAAAUAUGUUCCUAUUGUAUAUGUGGCAUCAAGGCACUUCAUAAUUCUCUUUAUAUUUUUGUACAUCAACUGUUCCUGUUCUAACUGAAAAAUAUUAUUUAAAAAAGAUAUAUAUCACCUCAAUGAAUAAAAAUGAAAGAUGGUCCACAAAUGCCUCGUCUGAUUUGUAAUUUUAAAUGAAUUAAUCAAAGGAAUUAAACCAGCUGAGGUCUUUGCCUUCAUGCAGACUGCAGCACAGACUGUAAAUCGAGGUGCCAGUCGCCUCGUGUGCACAGGCAUUAGAUAUCAGACUGCUACUAAAAUAACAGCAGCUCCUGCAGGUGCAGCUGCAGGGUUUUGGGUUAUUGCCCCUGAGAUUUUUUUUUUAUCUUCCAAUAGCCCACAUCCUUCAGUCUGGCUUAUUUCAAAUUUUGAGACUCAAGCACCACCUGGUGGAGAGGCAACAGGCAUGACAUGCAGUAAUGCAGAUUUUUAUUUAUUUAUUUAUUUUUUUGAAGAAUUAAACAGAAGGUUUAUUUUGAUCAUUGCUGAUUUGUCCUGUGCUAAAUGUUUAAAUUAAUAAAACAUCCUGGAUUCAAUCAUGCAGAAUGAUUUACCUGCUCGAACAUGAGGUUUUCUGAAAUGUAGACAUUCAUUGCAAGAACUUGCAUGUUUUUUUAAUGAUUUGUUUUUUUUAGUAAAGAUUCCGAAAAAUAUGUCUCAUAAUAAAAGCUAUCCCUGUAAUUCCCUCCUCUGGAAAUGACUAAAGAUGAAAUAAAAUGAUCUGCAAUAUCGUUCAUAGGUUUGGCUCAUAGAGCAUGGAUAGGAAAGUGAAAUGGGCGUCAUCGGCACGUGGCACCCAUUGGAGCCCAUCAACGUGGGCGUCUACCAGCCUGUCCCUUCAACACCAGUUACCUUUUUACAUUACAUUUGGAGGCUGGAGGCUCUUUAGACAGUACUCCCAUGUGGUACACUGCUUCAUAUCAGCAAAGACCAUGAGUACCACCUAGUGGGUUCAGGACAGACAUGCGGUGAGGAAGAUGCUGAAUGGAUGGAUGAGCAGGAUGACGCCUCACAAGAUCAGACGAGAGGCGACAGACACCUCACACUGGUAAAAAGUCCUAACCCUAAAAAGAUGGAAAAAAAAAAAAGAA